CAGACACUGGCAGGAUCAGACCGGCAGGAUGGGGCUGGUGGACCUGCUGUGGAUCACUGCUGCUCUUCUGACUUCACCACUGCUCACACUGUGUCAACCACUGUAUAUUCUGUCAGCCCCACAGAUAAUGAGGGUGGCCAAACCAGAGCGGGUGCUCGUGGAGAUUCAGGACUGCAAAGAACUAAACCCCAUAAAUGUAAAUAUCAAAGUAAUGAGCUAUCCCCGAAAAGACAGAGAUCUUAUCGCAACGGCAGUGACGCUAAAGCCUAAAGACAACUUUCAAGCUCUUGUUGAUAUAAAAAUCCCCUUUAUUGAUGACGUUUUUGAGACAGACCCAGAUAUAAAACAGUAUGUUUUUCUAAGAGCCACCUUUGAUGGACCUCAAAUCGUGGAGAAAGCUGUUAUGGUCUCCUUCCAGUCGGGUUAUAUUUUUAUACAGACAGACAAGACAAUAUACACUCCUGAUAGCACAGUGCGAUACAGAGUGUUUCCUUUGACCAUAGAAGCAAAGGCUACAGUGAGUCCUGUGGUGGUGGAGAUUGUGACACCAGAAGGGAUCAUCAUUCAAAGAGACCAGUAUACUUCGUCCAAGAGCCUGGACUAUAAACUGGGGAGUCCCAUCAGCAAUGGAAUCUGGAAAAUUGCAGCAAGCUUUAAGGACAGUCCUGACAAGAAUUUCACAGCAGAGUUUGAAGUCAAAGAAUACGUGCUGCCCAGCUUUGAAGUUAAGCUGAAUCCUAAGAAAUCUUUCUUCUACACAGAGGAUAAAGAGUUCCAUGUUGAAAUUAAAGCCAAGUAUUUGUUUGGUCUAGAUGUUGAAGGCUCUGCUUUUGUAGUAUUUGGCGUCUUCAAUGACAGCAAAAAGAUCAGCAUCCCGAGUUCUCUUGCCAGAGUUGAUAUCAAGAAAGGACAAGGUGAAGCAGUGCUCAAGAGAGACCACAUCCUUCAGACCUUCAAAAAUAUUGACGAACUUGUUGGGAAAACAAUGUACAUGUCUGCCAGUGUGCUAACUGAAGCUGGAAGUGAAAUGGUGGAAGCGGAAAGAAGGGGAAUUCAUAUAGUGAAAGCACCAUAUACCAUUCACUUCACAAGAACACCAAAAUACUUUAAACCUGGAAUGCCCUUUGAUUUCAGGGUGUAUGUAACAAACCCUGAUGAGACACCAGCAGACAAAGUUGCCGUAUUGGUGACACCAGGAGAAGUGACAGGAAUUACUGAUAAGAAUGGGAUUGCCAAGAUAGUCAUCAACACCCAGAAAGGAGCCUCCACUCUAGAUAUCACUGUAUGUACUGUCACAGAGGGAAUACCAGCAGAAAAAAAGAUGACAGCUUAUGCCUACAAGCCUAAAGAGGGUUCCCAAAACUACCUGCAUAUUGACAUAACUACUGGAUUGUUGAAUGUUGGGAAUCAAGUUACCCUCAAGUUGAAUCUAGGCACCAGUACAGUUGGGAACCAAGACUUCACUUAUAUGGUUCUAAGUAAAGGACGGAUCAUAACAGCUGAAAGAUUCCGGAAGUCAGAUAAUGCAGUGAUAGCUGUGCCACUCACAGUCACUAAAGAAAUGCUUCCCUCUUUCCGUGUGGUGGCGUAUUACCAUGUGGGAUCCUCUGAGGUCGUGGCUGAUUCAAUCUGGGUUGAUGUGGAGGACACGUGUAUGGGAUCACUCAAAGUUAAUGUAGAGCAGGUUGAAGCAGCAUAUGCCCCCAAUGACGUUUUUGCUCUGAAAAUUACUGGGGAUCCUGGGGCAAAAGUUGGCCUGGUCGCUGUGGACAAGGGCAUCUAUGUCCUCAACAACAAGAACAGACUCACUCAGACAAAGAUCUGGGACACCAUUGAGAAGCAUGACCUUGCCUGCACAGCUGGCAGUGGUAAAGACAGUAUGGGGGUUUUCUAUGAUGCAGGACUCCUGUUCUCGUCUAAUUCUGCAGGAGGCACCCUUGAAAGAAGAGAUCUAUCCUGCUCAUCUGAACAAAAAAGAAAACGACGUGACCUCUCCAAAACAGAACUGAGAAAGACCCUGGUGGGGAGUUACAGUGAGAACCUGAGGCACUGCUGCAUGGAUGGAAUGGUGAAUAAUCUUCUCGGUUACACGUGUGAACGCAGAGCCGAGUAUGUUGAGGAAGGAGACGAAUGCCGUCAAGCUUUCCUGAGUUGCUGCAAGAAAAUGACUGAGGCAAGGCAGGAGACGAUUCAGGAGGAGCUGAUCCUUGCCAGAAGUGAGGAGGAAGAUGGUGAUGACAUGUUUGAUGACAUUACAACACGUUCCUUCUUUCCUGAGAGCUGGAUGUGGAUGGAUGAAACGCUUCCUCAAUGCAAAGAUCCAGGGAAAUGUCAGAUUAUUAAGGAUCACAGAUUUCCAGAAUCCAUCACCACCUGGGUGGUGACUGCCAUCAGCAUGUCUACUGAGUAUGGUAUUUGUGUGGCAGACCCAGUGGAGUUUAUAGUUCGGAAGGGCUUCUUUGUUGACCUGAAGUUGCCUUAUUCGGCUGUGGUCAACGAGCAAAUAGAAAUCAAGGCUAUCGUUCACAACUUAGGAAGCUCUUCGCUCGAUAGGGUUACGGUGGAGCUGAAGGAGACUCAGUCUGUAUGCAGUUUGGCCAGCUACAAGAAGAAGUAUCGCACCACCGUGAGCAUAGGUGGUAAAUCAUCACGCGCUGUUCCCUUCAUUAUCAUCCCGCUGGCUAAAGGCGAACAUGACAUCGAGGUGACAGUCAGGGACCCCAAUGGAUUUUCAGAUGGUGUGCGGAAAAAACUGAAAGUAGUGACCCAGGGUAUUCUGCGGUCUACUGGAGAGCAGACUUUAAUUCUGGAGCCUGAAAAACAUGGUGGAACACAAAGAUCAGAAAUUAAGAGGUCCUUCUUGGAUAAUCAAAUGCCAGACACAGAAGCACACACCUACAUAGCUGUAAGAGGCAGACCGAUGGCACAGCUGAUAAAAGAGGCCAUCAGUGGAAAGGGUCUAGAGUCUUUGAUUAAGAAGCCUAGAGGAUGUGCAGAACAAAACCUGUUGGCUAUGGUCCUGCCUCUGCUUGCAGCUAAUUUCCUGGACAAAACCAAUCAGUGGGAAGAUGUAGGAGUGGAGAAACGCCCUGAAGCAUUGGGGUACAUUACUGCAGGCUACAUAAAUGAGCUCUCAUAUCUCAAAUCAGAUGGGUCAUUUGCAGUUUUUCCAAGUUUAUCGGGCAGCACCUGGUUAACUGCAUACGUUGUCAGAAUGUUCAGUAUGGCUGACAGUCUGGUCAGUAUAGACCACAAUGUUAUCUGUAAUGCUGUCAAAUGGCUGAUCUUGAAUGCGCAGAUGCCUGAUGGUGUUUUCAGGGAGCUGUACAGUGUUUCAUCCAGUGCUAUGCAGGGCAAAGCUUCACCACUAACAAUGACGGCUUUUGUACUCAUCGCAUUACAGGAGGCGAAGCCAAUUUGCAUUGAAAGAGUCAGUAGUCUUCAGCCGCGCAUGGACGCAGCAACGGAAUAUAUUGCGCGACACAUCGCUUCUGAAACUGAUCCUUAUGCUGUGGCCAUGGUGUCCUAUGCUCUAGCAAAUGCUAAUAAGCUGCAACUUCAGCUUUUGUUCCGCUAUGCUUCACCAGAUGCCAGUCACUGGCCAGUCGACAAAAGUCCCACGUUUACUCUGGAGGCCACUGGUUAUGCUUUGAUGGCACUACUGAAGAUUGGGGACUUUAAAAAUGCAUUACCAGUUGUGCAAUGGCUAAAGAUUAACCAAAACUUCCACUCCACUCAGGCUACUGCUGUGGUCUUUCAGGCUUUAGCAAAGUACUUAAUAGAGGUGCCACCAAAAAGCAUUGGAAAAGGCAUGGAGGUCACUGUCACCUCUACUGAAAGAUCAAGCAGUUUCAAAAAUGUGUUUACCAAAGCCAGCAGAGGUUUACAGCGUUCUGGCAGGUUCCCAGCAAGCGGAGAUUUAAAAGUGGAAGUUUCAGGGGAAGGUGAAGGCUCCAUGUCAGUCAUCACGUGGUACUACGUCAAACCUGACGAAAACUCCACAAAGUGCAAGAACUUCGAUCUGGAUGUGCAAUUUAUCAGAAACAAAACACCUUCCUAUGCGGGUGCACAUGCAAGCUAUACACUUUCCAUAGAGACCAAGUUUCUGAAUGACACAGAAUCCAGCAUGACAAUUCUGGAUAUUGGCCUGCUGACAGGGUUUGUACCAGAUACAAGCGAUCUGGAAAAGCUGAUGGGAACAGACAGGUAUAUCCAGAAGUUUGAGAUGGACAAACACCUUUCAGACCGAGGAUCCCUCAUUAUCUACCUAAAGAAGGUUUCAAAUGUAGUUAAAGAUAGAGUUGUUUUCAGGAUACACCAGAUGUUACAUGUUGGUCUCCCUCAACCAGUAGGAAUCACCGUAUAUGAAUAUUAUGCUCCUGAGAACCGCUGUGUGAAGUUUUAUGACGCAGCUGAGAGAACGAGUGGAAAGCUUUACACCCUCUGCCCUACUGAAGUGUGCAGCUGUGCUGAAGCGAACUGCCCUCAGCUGAAAGCUCCAGAUGAAGAUGAGCGCAAGACCCAAGCCUGUAAAAACCAUGAUUUUGCUUACAAGGCAAAUCUAAAAGACAUUAAGCAAACUGGGUCCACAUACAGCUACGUCUUCACCAUAGUACAAAUUCUUAAAGAGGGAUCUGAUCCAGUUCAACCCCAAGAUCAGAGAGACUUUUUGGUUCAUGAUAAGUGCAGAACUAAACUGAAGCUGAUUAAGGGAAAAGACUACCUCCUCAUGGGGCCUGACCCACAAAGGAUUCAAGAAAAGAAAGAAAAAUUGCCAAGAUAUCGCUAUUUGUUUGGAUCAGGGACUUGGGUGGAGUACUGGCCCACAAUCAGGGAAAGCCAGGAGAGCCAGGAAUACAAAGAAAUAUAUAACAGCCUGAGUACACUCAGCUUUGUUUUAAUCAACCAUGGAUGCACCACCUAAACCUUUUAAAAGCAUUUAACUUUCGGAAUAACGGUUUGCUUUUCUAGCCGUACCUACGCUUUCUCUAACAGACACGCUGAUAUGGCCUCCGACUUUUAGUCGUGUCACUGUUGGCUGCACUCUUGACUUUUGCUGUGUUUGGCUGUGCAUUUUUAAUCACACUGGUUUCAGUGUUUAUUGCAGUUUGGACUUUGCUGGAUAUCGACUGCCUCACAUGUUCAUUACAUGUUGCUUUAAACUUACAAGGAAAUAAAUCAAUGAGAGCAUCAAA